AACAAGCUGACAAGAGCCUCUCACUUGCCUUUGCUCAAGGUGAAUUAAGGGCUUUUUCAAAGUAGUUUGCGUAUGUAUUUGAUUGCCUGCACGAUCUAGAUUAAUUGUGAGUACAGAUCAAAAUGCAAGAAUGAAGUGGAAUCGUUUCAGAGGAACAUUAACUCUUGGAGAGCACGGCAGCUGCAAGAAAACACAGAGGAGAAGAGGGGAAUAAAGGCCAGAAGACCCUAAGAGGGACCUGUCACUGAAGCCACUUAACUCCAAACUGUGGUUGGAUGGGUUUCAAGGAGCUUCAAAUUGGACCAGUUACUGGAGUUUCUUCAAACUGCAGUUGUACUUGCUGAGAUUGCACCGCGCCCCAUGAUGUUCCCAACAGCUGACAGACGGUAAAAGCCUCUGCCAGAGCCGUCGGUGGGAGAGACGAGCCUCUCGUCGGUGGCACUACAGACAGAAAAGACAACUCGAGCCUUACUGGACUUUGGACCGCUUUGCAACCUGGGUCAUCAUCGAGCAUCUGUUUUUGUAAAGAAAAAAAAGAGCAAUUGUGCAUGCAUUGAGAGUUUUCCAGAUUGGAAACUGAGGACAUUUGUUAACUUCCACGAUAGGUGGCUGUGUCGCUGGACUGGUGCAUAUGUAUUUUAGCUUAACAGUUUGACUCCAGCCCCUCCAGCCGUGCCCAAUGCCGAGGAAUGGAUAGUGUGUCUGCUAAAGGUGGGAAGAUGGUCGAGAGUGAUGAGCAGUCGGAGAGGGAUAGUGGCGGUGGCGCAGCGAUGGCCGCGCUACAUCAAUGCGAACUCAUCCAGAAUAUGAUUGAAAUCUCCAUCUCCAGUUUACAGGGGCUACGGACCAAAUGCGCCGCGUCCAACGACCUCACACAGCAAGAAAUACGCACUUUAGAGGUGAAGCUGAUGAAGUACAUCUGUAAACAGCUGCAGUGCAAGCAGAAAGUGCCAGAGACAGAGAGGCCCAAGGCCCUGGACAGCUACCCACGCUUAGGAGACUGGCUGCGCACCAUCAACCUUCGGCCAGAGCUCAUCGAGGCAGUGCCAGUGAAGCUGUCCCUGGAUGCCUUACUGCAGAUGACCGGUUCUCAGGUGCGGGAGAUCAUGAGAAGACUAGGGUCCAGCUCAGAGGAGUGUGCCAGACUCAGUGCUGCCCUCUCCUGUCUGAAAAGCGCCACUGAAUCAGGAGGUGAGCUGAGGGAGGAUGGGGGUCCCUGGCUGUCCGAGCCCACCAGGAGGGACAGCGGCUCCUUACUGACUGCAGACCAGCUAAGCAGUAUGGGGGCUCCGCUCCGCCCUCACAGCCCCUCGCCUCUGGCCCGCCCGUCCACCACCCCAUCUACCCCAUCGACCCCCUGCACCUCCUGCCCCCACCCGCGCUCUGGCUCGGUGUCAGCAGCGCCCACUCCAGAUGCACAGGCGUCUUACAUCUACGGUGACAGCCCGCUCACCGAUCCGUUUCCCAUGCCCUUGGCCCGUACGGCCAGGCUCCACGGACGCACCUCCACUCCACCCAUAACUCCACCCUCCAAGAGGCGUCACCGACUCAAGCCGCCCUGCACCCCUCCACCUCCAUCCCGCAAAGUGCUGCACCUCUUACCCAACAUCACACUGACCCGCAGCAAAAGCCACGAGUCCCAGCUGGGCAACCGCAUCGAAGACCCGCCCACCAACAAGUGUGUUAAAAAGAAUAAGCUGUUCCUGAAUAUGCAAAUCAACGGGAAUGGAUGUGAGGACUCGCCGUCUCGCUACCCGGUCAUGCCCGCUCGCACCCCAGGAGCCACCACUGCACCCUACACCCUUCCUGGGACCCCCACCCUAAUGGAAGAGCACAGCAGCAUCAAGAAUAAUGUAGCGGUGCACCGCAGCUCCCCACAAGCAGUGAGGAGAGAUAUUGGCCUAGCAGUCACACACAGGUUUUCAACCAAGUCCUGGCUUUCCCAGACGUGUCAGGUGUGCCAGAAGAACAUGAUGUUUGGGGUUAAGUGCAAACACUGUCGGUUAAAGUGCCACAACAAAUGCACAAAGGAAGCACCCUCCUGCAGAAUCUCCUUUCUGCCAAUCGCCAAAAUACGGCGGACUGAGUCUGUUCCAUCUGAUAUUAACAACCCUGUGGACCGGCCAUCAGAAGCACCGCAGUUUGGCACACUACCAAAGGCCAUUACCAAGAAGGAUCAUCCCCCGGUGCUGAACCAACUGGACUCCAGCAGUAAUCCGUCCUCCACCACCUCAUCCACACCUUCGUCCCCAGCCCCGUUCCAGCAGAGUAACCCCCCCAGUGCCACCCCACCGCCCAACCCAUCACCCAAAGGCCAUCGGGAUAGCCGCUUCCACUUCCCAGCUGCCUGCUACUUUCAGCAUAGACAGCAGUUUAUCUUCCCUGAUGUCUCCAGUCCUGUUAGUUUACACUCUGAUGUCCUCCAAGACACUGUCAGUGAGAUAGAGCAGGUGGCUGAUGAUAUGCAUGCCGAGUUGGAUGAAGAUGAAGAGGAAGGGGAGGAGGAACUGGAGGUCGAGGAUGAAGACCCAGAAGCGGAGGAGGAGAAUGAGGAAGAUGAGGGGGAGGAGGAUGAUGAAGGAGAGGAAGAGGAUGAAGGGGAAGAGAGUGGGAUAAACGUGGGAUCAGAUGGGGAGUGUGACGGCGAUGAGCUGGAUGACCUGCCCAGUUCUCGGGGAAGCCAGUGGAAGGGCCCGAUCUCCCGCAAGGCGAGUCAGACCAGUGUGUACCUGCAGGAGUGGGACAUCCCGUUUGAGCAGCUGGACCUGGGAGAGCUGAUAGGAAAGGGCCGCUGGGGCAAAGUGCACAAGGGUCGGUGGCACGGUGAAGUGGCCAUCCGACUUCUGGAGAUCGACGGGAACAACCAGGAUCAUCUGAAGCUGUUUAAGAAGGAGGUGAUGAACUACAGGCAGACCCGGCAUGAGAACGUAGUCCUCUUCAUGGGGGCCUGCAUGGCUCCACCCCACCUAGCUAUCAUCACCAGUUUCUGUAAAGGGAGGACACUGUAUUCAGUUGUUCGAGACACUAAAAACACUCUGGACAUUAAUAAGACAAGACAAAUUGCUCAAGAGAUUGUAAAGGGAAUGGGCUAUCUGCAUGCAAAAGGCAUUGUUCACAAGGACUUGAAGUCCAAGAACGUUUUUCAUGAUACCAAUAAGGUAGUGAUCACAGACUUUGGGCUGUUUGGGAUCUCUGGCGUCGUACAGGAGGGGAGGCGGGAGAACAAGUUAAAGCUUCCACAUGGCUGGAUUUGUUACCUCGCACCAGAGAUUGUGCGUCGGAUGAGCCCCGGUAACAAUGAGGACCGACUUCCUUUCUCCACUGCAGCAGAUGUGUAUGCCUUUGGCACCAUUUGGUAUGAGCUCCAAGCUAGAGACUGGCCAAUCACCAAUCAGCCCGUGGAGGCCACCAUCUGGCAGGUGGGGAGCGGCGAGGGCAUAAAGAAGGUCUUGGCAGAGAUCAGCCUUGGCAAGGAGGUCACAGAGAUCCUGUCUGCCUGCUGGGCGUAUGACCUGAGGGAGAGGCCUACCUUCACCCAGCUGGCUGACAUGCUGGAGAAGCUGCCUAAACUCAACCGCAGGCUGUCACAUCCCGGCCACUUCUGGAAGUCUGCAGAGUUGUAGCAGUCACUCUGAAACAUAAGCAAUGCAAAACAAAGCCUGGGUCUGCCUUGCAUGCUCCUGAAUCCUUAACUCUUAGAGGAUUGAUCAAAGCAUUGCCUCUGCCUGAAACAGACAUUGCUUCCACUAAUCCACAGUCUGAUCUUCCAUGUCUAACCGUUGCGUUUUCUUGUCUGGGGGAGAGAGGAUCGGUGGACCGAGGUGUCGUGGGGGGGGGGCGACGCCAACAGUCCCCACCCCUCCUCUGCACUUCCCCCCUUCCUUCGUCUGAAAAUCUCUUUGCCUUCAUUUUAUUAAUUUUUUGUUCCGUAACUCCGUCGGACUCUGAGGCUUGUGAAUAACCAGCUUGUGGUGUCUGUGCUGAGACUGACUGGUGUGCUGUGGUCUCUGCCUGCUGAUGGCUGCCCUGUCCUUGGCCUGCUCUCUUUCUCUGUGCUGCUGUGAUGUGGUUAUUCUUGCUGGGACCCUGACCACAUGGCGCGCUAUCGCCCACACACACACACACACACACACACACACCACACACACAAAUACACACUCUUUGCUGGACAUAAAAAUGGACCCCAGUACCAAAUGGACCUGUGCAUUCACUCUCAUGUUCUCCUUGAGGUUUUGACACACAUUUGACAGGCUGCUUGACUGACAUGUUCAAACCAACUGCCUCCCAACUGCUCUCCCUCAGUUGUAUAUGGUUGUAUGAUGGCAUGCGCUGAGGCGGUCACCAACGUGCGGCCCACGUCUGCCUGGACACAAUAUGCACUUUGUCAACAGGAAAAAACAAUAAGAAACUGUAUAUUUUUCGGUUACUAUCAUAUUUGCAGUGUUUUUUUUUUUUUUUUUCUUGUUCUCAGUGACUGAAUUCAGAGGCUCGGGCAGUGCGAUAUGUUCACUUGUAUCUUGUCUUGUUGGAAUAUAAUCUGAUAAACUCACAGCUGAUUCGAUACACUUGAAAACAGUGCACUGACGAAGAAUCAUAAUGAAUACUACUGUAUGCCAACCAGCAGUUGGUGAGGAGCUCCCUACGUCAUUCACAAUCCACAUGGGGGAAAAAAAUAAUGCUGGGUAUGUAUGAUCGAAGACUUUUUCCAUAAAGGAGUGGCGUCUAUCCAUUAAAAUGUAAAGUGCACCUUACGAUGAUAUGAGUUUAGAAAGAUCCUCCGUUCAAGAAGUAAUUUCAUUCUCUGCGCAAAAAAAAAGAUAAAUCAGGAACCUGGUGCAGAAGUGUCCUAUAUCUUCCUAAAACAUUACCUCUUGUGCGUGCUUGUGUGUAUUCUGUUUGUGAUUGCCGGCUUCAGUUGGUGUGCUUGUAUUUAUGUGUUGUGUGUAUGUGUGUGUGUGUGUAUGUGUGUGUGUGUGGGCGGGUGGAUGUGUGUGUGUGUGUGUGUGGGUGUAUAUGUGGCUGAGUGAGCGUACUGUGUUGGAACACGUAGGGUUGGUUUUGUGAAAGAUUGCAGUAAAUGUGUCGCAAACGGUAUGUGAUGUAUAUACAUUAUUUAAUGUACAGCAAAUUAACAUGAUACUUUUAAUAUUUGUACAAACAUUUUAUAUGUACAAUACAUCACAGCAUUUUUGAAUAGGUACUGCUAUCCCUAUUACAGAUGUACAUAUAUAUUUAUAUUUUUUUCAUGUACAAAAACACUGUAUAAAAACUGUAAAUUUUUUUAGAAUGGGCCAAUACAUGUUUUUUAUGUUAUGUAAAAAUUCAUAUUUUUGUAUUGCAUGUGACUACCAUUCUGUACACGCAGUUUCUGUUUUCAUCCAUGGAGGACAAUAAAAUGAAGCUUGUCAUGUAA